CAAAAGGAUUGCACGCUGAUCAAAUAUUAUUGUGAUACCAUUGACAUAUAGGUCAGAUAAAAACAUUCUAUUCGGCAUUUUGUUCAUUAAUAAUUAUGUGUGAAAAGUAAGGAUCCUCUUUAAUAAAUACGUGUAGCGUAUUUACUUUAUUUUAUGAUAUAAAUGAUUAAAUAUUAGCAAAGAGUGGAAUAUAUUUGCUAACUCUGUGAAACACUUGAAAAGAGAAUACGAAAUAUGGAAUCCUUCACAAAAAGCAACCCUAAUGGCAGCUGUCAAGAUGGUGUUUUGAAGAUGCUUAAUACAUUUAAUAUGGACGUUACGUCAUCACAAUCGUCUCGUAAUUCAACAAUCAAAAACAACGAUGCAAAUGGAGAAAUCAUUAAGAUAUGUGUGGAAAUCCUGCUAGGAAUCAUCAUAUGUUUCGGGAAUGGCCUCGUUAUCACAUCUUACGUCAGAUUCAAAGCACUGCGGACUGUCGCAAAUUUCUUCAUUGUUAACUUGGCGAUCGCUGAUUUCUGUGUCGGGAUCAUGAUGCCCCUUCACGUGGCGAUGUACAUUUACCCAACUAUGUUGGCCUCAUCGAUCUAUGUAUGUCUCUUGAGGUAUAUGCUUCUCAUGCUCUCUGUAUGUGCUUCCUUGUUGAGCCUCUUCGGAAUAACAGUAGACCGUUACAUAGCCAUCGUAGUUCCUCUUCGGUACAAAGCCAUUAUGACUAGGAAGAACGCGUAUCUCCUUGCUGGAUCGAUUUGGGGAUUGCCCUUUAUGUAUACAAUCGUUUUACCACUGUUUUACCACCGCACAUACGAUGAAUUCACAAAUGUAUUUGAGAAUAAGCAGUGCACUUUUGUGCAGGUGUUAGAACUGCCAUAUUUGAAAAUAUUGUGCACUGUUUUUUUCUUCAUACUAUUGGGGACGAUGAUUUUAAUGUACAUUCGUAUAUUUUAUGAUGUCCAUCGAUUUUUAAAGUCACGGCCGAUUGUUGUUCUACCCGACGUCAACAAUGAAAAUAUCAUGUCAAAACCAAAAAUGCGUCAUAUCAAAUUAUUAGGGACAACUUUCAUCGUAUUUGGCUGCUUUAUCGCAUCCUGGGGUCCGUUUCUAAUAUCCCUCCAUGCCCAGAUGUACUUCGACAUGAUGACAAACCCAACCUGGGAAUCCGCGAGAGAAUAUAGUACGUUCCUUGGAUUACUCAACAGCGCAAUCAACCCCAUGAUUUAUGCCUUUAGACAUAAGAAUUUCAAAAUGGCCUUCAAAUCGGGUUUGUGCAUGGGACAUGAAGGACAGUUAGAUACAGCACAUCGUGAAAGCAUUGCAACCAUAGGCAAUGCAAAUAACAAUCGAAAAAUUAACAUUCAAAGGAUAUCUUAAAGAGCCAAUUUGUAAAUGUUCUUACUUGAGAUUGAACUGAUGAUCCUGAAACGAAAUUUAUUACUGAAUAUCACUAUGUGUAGAAGACUGAUGAUAUGUUAUUUGCUAUUACUUCCUGCGAAAGCUAUUUGGAUUUUCAAAAUCUAACAUGGCUCUCGAAGUGAGUAAAUUUGCUAUAUUUCAAU